GCCGGGCUCGGUCCCUCUCCGUCUGCGCAGCGAGCGCACGCGCCUUGGGCGCCCGCGGGCCGGGGGGCGGCCGGGCUGAGCCCCGCUGAGCCCUCCGGCCGGCUGGCCAUGGGCGACCGCGAGCGCAACAAGAAGCGGCUGCUGGAGCUGCUGCAGGCGGCGGGCACAGGCAACGCGCUCUGCGCCGACUGCGGGGCGGCGGAUCCGGACUGGGCCUCUUACAAACUGGGCAUCUUCAUCUGUCUGAACUGCUCCGGCAUCCACCGCAACUUCCCAGACAUCAGCAAAGUUAAAUCCGUGAAGCUUGACUUCUGGGACGACAGUAUUGUGGAGUUUAUGACCCACAACGGGAACCUCCGUGUGAAAGCCAAGUACGAAGCCAGAGUCCCUGCAUUCUACUAUAUCCCCCAAGCCAACGACUGCAUGGUUUUAAAGGAACAAUGGAUUCGAGCUAAGUAUGAAAGACAGGAAUUUAUGGCUGAUGGGAAAACCAUCUCACCCCCAGGUAACAGAGAAGGGUUCCUGUGGAAGCGGGGAAGGGACAACGCACAGUUUCUGAGAAGGAAGUUUGUCCUCCUGGCAAGAGAAGGCCUCCUGAAGUACUAUACUAAAGAAGAGGGUAAAGGCCCCAAAUCUGUCAUCAGCAUCAAGGACUUGAAUGCCACGUUCCAAACAGAGAAGAUAGGAAAUCCCCACGGGCUGCAGAUCACCUACAGGAAAGAGGGCCACAUCAGGAACCUGUUUGUGUAUCACGAGAGUGGGAAGGAGAUAGUGGACUGGUUCAAUGCCCUCCGUGCAGCCCGUCUGCAGUACCUAAAAAUGGCCUUUCCUGAGCAACCGGAGUCUGAGCUCACGCCUCUCAUCACCAGGAACUACCUCAAACAAGGCUUCAUGGAGAAGACUGGCCCAAGGCAGAGAGAACCUUUCAAGAAAAGAUGGUUUGCCCUGGAUCCCCAGGAGCGGAGGCUGCUCUAUUACAAGAACCCACUGGAUGCCUUUGAACAGGGCCAGGUCUUUCUCGGGAGCAAUGAACAGGGGUAUGAGGUAUAUGAAGACCUGCCCAAGGGCACCCGAGGGAAUCGCUGGAAGGCCGGCCUCACCAUCGUCACUCCUCAGCGGAGAUUCAUCUUCACCUGCCCCAGCGAGAAGGAGCAGCGGGAAUGGCUGGAGAGUUUUCGGGAUGUCCUCUCCCGCCCCUUGACACCCCUCAACCUCCUCACUGCCGCAACAGAGAGUGACCACAGCAACAGGUGACCGACCCACUGGCCGAGAAGCCGGCUGGCCACUGGCCACCUGGAGCUCCUGGUGGGGAGGAGAAGUUCUCACCUCAGCCUGGGUUGCCCAGCAGGAGGGCCCUGCAGAUGGCAGCCAAGACCUGAUGGCUCCUAGGUCUCCCCACUGCCCAGCUCUGGGGGUCUUGGGGACCUGGCACAUGUCCUUAAGGCCCAGGACAUCUGAAAUAAGGGAACUGGAAUGGAUCCAUACCCACAGCAUUACACAAGUUGUAUGCUUGCUCCAGAAAAAAAAAAUUUAAUCUGAAUCUAACUGUGAAGAAACAAUUAGACAAAUCCAUAUCAGGGCCAUUCUACAAAACAGCUGACCCGGGCUCUUCAAAAAUGUCAAUAUCAUGAAAGCUAAAGCAGUGUGCAAACUGUUCCAGAUUAAAGGAGAUUAAAGAAGCAACAAAAUAUAAUUCAUUAUUCUCGAUAGGAUCCUGGAUUUACAAAAAACAGAUAUAAAGGACAGAAUUGAGCUAACUGGGGAAAUUUGAGUAUGGAUGUAUAUUAGCUAAUAGUGUUGUGAGAUUGUGAUAAUCACGCUCUAUUUGUGUAGGAGAAUGCUCUUAUUCUUAGGGGGGCACGUGCUCAAGUGUUCACGAGUAAAAUGCAAUAAUAGUCCACAGCUGACUCUUAAAUGGUUCAGCAAAAAGUGAGUGUAUGUAUAUAUGUAUAUGUAUAGAGUAUUGUGUUUAUAUACGAAAGGACAUACACACACACACACACACGUUUACAGGGAGAGUGAGAAAGUGGGCCACUGUGCAAAAUGUUAGCAAAUGAUGAAUUUAGAUGAAGUAUAGGUGGGUGUCUUUAUUGUCCUAUUACUGCAAAUUUUCUAUAGAUUUGAAAAUUUUCAAAUUAAAAAGUUGGGACAAUAAUUUUUAAAAACAUCCACUUCUCACUCCUCAAAAACGGUGUUUUUUCUUAUGAGAGUCCCAUCUUUGUGCACAUUUAGAAUAAAUAAAAGCCUAGAUAAUACAAAAAAAUGGUGCCCACAUUCAUCACAGCCAUGCCCUGGAGGGAAGCCAGCCAUGGAGACAGCUCCCGGGACCCCAGGGCAGAGAGCGGUCCAGCCUGCACGCCAGGUCUGGCCUUGAGGCUUGGAAAGCUCACUUCCCUACUUCCGUGCCAAGGUUUUUUCUCUUUCUGAUGAGGUAGAAAUAAUUGCAAUUCACUGGAAGCAAUGAAUAUUUUUGAAUACGUCCCAGGUGCCAGGCUCUGUGCCAAGCCCUGAGAAUAGGUAGGAGCCAGUUUAUCUGGUCCUGCUGUCACAGGCUUCCGACUGCUGGAAGGCAGCCCUUACACUGGGCAGGACAAUGCGGAGAGUGGUCGGGAAGGAGAAGCACAGGCUGCUGUGGGGGCAGGUGGCAACAGGGUUUACCCUGACUAAGGAGGAGAGGGGACCCUCCUUCCUCUCCAGAAUGCGAUGUUGAAAAUUAAAGCUCUUUACAGGUUAGUCGAAAGGAAGAGGACAAGGAAAACACUAGACUGAGGGAAGAAAGUGUUCAGAGGUCUGGAGAUGGGGGAGAGGAAAUGAAAGAAAUCUCCAGUGGCUGAAAUGUUAGAGAACUGGACCACCAAGGUCUCUGCUCUGUGAUUCUUUGUUCCUUUGAGCAAUAUGCAGACAGAUGUCGGGUGUUCUCUCUGCAUUUCAGUGGAGACCCAUGGGCUUCGGAGGAUCUUUAAGAUGUUGUCUGCUUUUUAUGGGAUCCCCCAAUCAGAGAACAAGCAAUAUCAUUGGGAUGUCUUUUCUGAGGCUUCCUGACUACCCAGAUGGAGACAUGGGUGCUUCCUCCUCUGGCUCCUAAAGCACCUUGAAAACAUUGUGUCAACCUGCUCUGCUGGGUUGUAUAAUAGGGGUUAGUUUACUUGUCUGCCUCUUUUUUACCACCCAUGAGCUCUGAUGGCUGUCCUCUGCUAAGUUCUGAGGAUAAGAAAAUCAAUAAAGGCAUAGUUCUACCCUCAAGGAAUUUACGGUGUGGAGGGGAAGAAAGAGAAAUAAACAGGAGGCAGGAAGGAAGCUGCUGGGGGAGAGAAAGUGGGAUUCCAAGAGCCCCUCAGAGGGCAGAGAAGAGGUACAAGAGAUGGAGAUAAAGUCCCAGUGAAAUGAAGCGCCUGCUUUUGGUUUUCUAAGGCGGGGCUGGAUCUCUGUCUUUGAACUCCCUGAGGAUAACUCUGGACUCCUAUAUUAAGUCCUCUUCUCCCUUUUGACUUGUUAGCGCAAGAAAGUUCCUGUUAGUUGAAUCAGUCCUGACCAAUAAAGAUCUCCAGGAGAGGUGUCAUCUGUGCUGAAUCCUGAAGGAUGAGUAGAAAGCACUUGGGGUGGGGUGGCGGAAGGCAGAGAAAGAAGUGUAUACAAAGGCCCAGUGACAAGACAGCACAGGCCUGUUCAGGGAACUCCAAAUAAUUGAAUAUGGCUAGAGCACAGAUUGUCAGGGGCAGGACUGGGGGCGAGGAGUAGUAAGAACAGAUCAGACUUGGAGGAGAGUCUGCUUCUGGUAAAGGUGGGGUAGAAUGUCCCGCAUGUCAGAAUAGUCAUUUCACACGUAACAGUUAGAAACUCUACAGAAUCUAACAAAACAAGUAUCUGGAAAAUGACCUAAAGCAGGCAGAAAUCAAACAGGAGCUGUCAUAAGAAAGAAGCAAGGAGUGGCAUGGGUGAAUCUUUUAGCUUUUAACCUGAGGGCAGGUGCCUCACGAGGCCACUGAAACUCUGAUGGAAACCUUCAAUCUUACUGAAUGAAAGAUAGAGGACAGAGUUUAAGGGCACCGGGGCAGCUGGAAGGUGAGAGAGGGAAGCCUGGGAGGAGAGGGCCAUAGACGGCGAGCUCAGAAUUCUAGCCACAUGUUACUGUUGAGCAUUGGAGGGUGAUUAAUGCAACAAAGGGAUUGCAUUUUUCAUUUUACUUAAUUUUGUCUAAUUUUAAGUAAUUGAAAUUCAAAAUAAAAAACGGAAACGGUGUAAAUUA